AUGGGGUACAGGUGUCACCGUCUCAAGCGACCAUGUCAUCCAGCCGACGUGCUGCGCCGGCGCAACGAUAAGAAGCAGAACUCGCCCGACGACCGCAUCGCCAAACUAGAGGGUACGCUUGGCCAGCUGGUGUCGCUACUCCAAGCGGGCAACGUCAACGCGGAUAUUAUGAACAGUAUUGGAAACGUGGGAAACAUGGGAACCGUGGGCGACAUUCACGGCGACAGAGUCAGUGUAUGGUCGCAGCAGCAGAAUUCACCACCGCAACAACACCUUCAACAGCACCAAGAGCAGCAACAACUACCACAGCCGCAACCAAUGCUCGAGGCCGAGACAACUGAACACCGCCCGGCGACGCUGAUGCACACUCCUCCCAACAUGACUUACCAAGAUGUGGUCGCAGAAGGGACCAGGAAAAACGACGCUAUAGAGGACUCGCGCACUACUUUCAACGACGAAGACGAGAAUAAUGAGACUGCUGCCGCCGGUGCCGCUGCUCCUUGGUGGGCGACGGACAAUGCGAAUGGGAUCAAUGCCAACGGAAUCCCUCUGGUUACCCCGCCGUCGACUGUGUUGGACGCGCUCAUGUCGCCGUCUGUAUCUCCGCCAUCUGCAUCGGCCUCUCUCGACACAUUCCGGUCGCGAAUGCUGCACCACUUCCCCUUUGUUCAUCUGCCCGCCCACCUCACGGCUGAGCAGCUGAGGAUGAAGCGGCCUUUCCUGUUCCGCGCCAUUGUUUGCGUGACUUCGAUGUCGUCUGAGGACAAGAGGGAAAGCUCUCUCGAGCUAAAGCGUGUGCUGUGCGAGAUGGCAUUCCUACAAUUGUCGCCGCAUCGGAAACAGCAGCAACCGCAGCAAACAGUCGACUUGCUGCUGGGUUUGCUUGUCUACAUUGCAUGGGGAUGGGAGCACCUACACAGCCGUCGCAGUCUGUCUCGACUCAUGGCGGUGGCUACGUCGUUGGCCGGGGAGCUGCGUGCUCUGGACCAAGCAGCACCAGAAAUUACGCGCACAAUAAGCCAACUCCAACCAAGAGGCGAGUUUGAUGAUGUCUAUAACAACACGGCAGCCACUACGAUGACAGCGGCAACGGCACUGGGUGCUGGAAUGACUAAUGCCCUGCUCUAUCUGGAGCGUCAGCGAGCUAUUCUAGGCUGCUUUGUGCUUGGCUCGGCCGUCUCAGCCUACUUCUCCCAGGUUGAUGCGCCACGGUGGGUGACCCAGAUGGAUGAGGGCCUGGCAGCCAUUAUCGCUAGCGGCAGCAGCAGUGUGAGUGCAGAGUGUGCGUCUGAUGCUGCCCUGGCUAUCCAGGUUCGCCUACAGCUUCUCGCUGUCAAGGCCGCCCAGGUUCGCCAGCGUGCCCAACUGCCGGACCACCCCCCACCGGAGACGCUUUCACCUCAAGCUCUGUUGUGCAUCAAGGGGCUGAUGGGGCAGCUGCAAGAGGUCCGAGCGACUGUCCCUCAGGCAUUCCAGCAGCACUUUGUCCUCCUAGCUCAAACAUACUACACAGAAAUGUGCAUAAUCGACACAAUCCACAUGCCGCCGUCUACUCGUGGACCACCGGCGAAGCCACCACCACCUACAUGUGGGCCAACGCGUCUCUCCUGCUAUUGGCAGUCAGCACUGGCAAUCAAGUCGUGUACGUCGACCUUUCUGACUCUCUCGCCGUCUAGACUUCUUGGCGUCUCCUUCAUCCAGUGGGCUCAGCUGGCCCGCUGUGUGGCCACCCUGCAUCAACUUAGCGCAUACCAGGAGCCGGGCUGGGAUCCAGUCGCUCUGAGGGACCUCGUUAAUUUGCCCGUUCUGAUAUCCUGCAUGGCGGACAAGCUGGAGCUGGCCUCCGCGGAAGCCGGCGAGCACCCAAUGUCAGCCGAUAGCGUGUUCGCCCAACUAGCACGCGGAUUACGAUUAUAUAAGUCGGAUGAUGAUGAAAGAGGCUUCUUGGCCCAACAGGGACAACAGGAAGAGACACGAAGAAAAGCAGAUGGGGGAGAUGGUGCGGGAGCCAGAGCGGAUGUGGAUGCGGUUACAACUACAUCUAUGGUUACAGAUGCAAAUACAGAUGCACUGACAUAUGGUCAAGAGGCGGGAUACCCGAUGAGUCCUACGUUGUGGCUUGAUCAAUUUUUUGUUGACUUUAGGGAUUAA